AUGGCGCCACCUAGUCACCGCAAGACGUCGUGGCCGGAGGUGGUGGGCAUGCCGGCCACGCCGGCGGUGAUGAAGAUCAUGACGGACAGGCCCGACCUCUCCGUGGAGGUGCUCCCGCCGGGCACCAAUCUGCUCCCCGGAGCCAACCCUGGGCGUGUCCGCGUCUUCAUCGACGCUCUCGGCGCCGUCACCAAGACCCCUGUCAUCGGCUAG